CCGUAUGCAUGGAGCCCUGGACCCAAACUAAGAGUCAUUCCUGAAACUGUAGGGAAUUUGGAACCAAAUGCCACAGGUGCAGUCCUCAUAUCCCAAGUCCCUACAGCCCGAGUUUGCCUACAAAGUAAGGACUCUUUACUCCAAUUGUUCCACUGCCCCUGUAGAUACUGUGUUGCCAAUGCAGAACCAGAGGCACAGGCCAACACUGGCUCCUAACCACGUGCAGGAGGUGCAUCUGCAUCGAGUGGAGUCCAUCAGUGACCUGCACAGUGGAGGCUCACUACGGCCCUGUCUGGCUGAAGAGGCGCAGGCCUGGGAGGAGCUUCUGGGUGUCUUACCACCGUCACUGUGCACCCAAGCUGGUUGCAGCCCCGUGUGUGGCCGUGGGGGGUUCCUUCUGCUAUUGGCACUGCUGGUGUUCACCUGCCUGGCACUAGCCAUCAUAGCUGUCUACCUAAGUGUGCUGCAGAGUGAAUCCCUGAGGGUGUUGGCACACACGCUGCGCACACAAGAGGAGACUCUGCUCAAAUUGCGUCUGGCUAGCCUCAGCCAGCUAAGAAGGCUCAACUCCAGUGAGGCUCGGGCACCCAGCUGAGAUGCCAUCUGUAUGUGAGACUGUGAGGGGGGGACAAAGGGACUUCUGGCAGGUCUCUGUUCUCCCACUGAUGGCCUCAUCUGCACUAUUCCUUGGGGAGAUUUCUUCACAAGCCUGACGUUCCUCCACAGCUGCCUGUCUUUCUUGACCGCUUCAGGCCAGGCCUGAGCAAAGCUCUUGGUGCCAAGGCCCUGCUGUGGUUAGCCAGAGGUCAGAGGAUGGAGCACCAGUCUUUUCCUGGCCCCCCGUCAGCACCCUCUGGUCACCCCCAGAUAGGAAGUUCAGAAGUCUAGAAAUAGCUGUCCCAGCUCAGCCACCCACUCUGCCAGGCCUCCUAGCAGGAGGUCCAGUCUCAGCUCGGGCAAGCCAGGCUGAGUUGGGGAACUACGUGUCCUGCCAUGGAGGACAAAGGUGAGGUAGAGCUAGUCGGGGCCAACCUGGGGUGGCAGACGGAGGGAGGGCAGGUACAAGACUCAGG